CUAUAGAGCGAGCCUCUUUAUAAAGCUACUGCUGGCUCCCGGCUCUUGCCAUCAACUGUCUGAUCAGUGACACAGCCAUGAGGAGGGGACUCUGCUUCUUUUUCAUCUCCCUGCUGCUGGCUGCUCCCACUUCUGGCCAGCAACUCAAUGAGAGGCAUGUUUUCACAUGUGGAGGAAAUCUAACAGGGGAAAAUGGAAUUCUGGGAAGCGAAGGAUUCCCUGGAGUUUAUCCUCCAAACAGCAAAUGUACUUGGAAAAUUACAGUGCCUGAAGGUAAAGUGGUGGUCUUGUCUUUCCGGUUCAUUGACUUAGAAAGUGACAACUUGUGCAGAUAUGACUUUGUGGAUGUGUAUAAUGGACAUGCCAAUGGGCAGCGUAUUGGGCGUUUCUGUGGCACCUUUAGGCCUGGUGCUCUUGUAUCCAACAGCAACAAGAUGUUGGUCCAGAUGAUUUCAGAUGCCAACACAGCUGGGAAUGGUUUUGUUGCAAUGUUUUCUGCAGCAGAACCCAAUGAGAGGGGGGAUCAGUAUUGUGGAGGACGACUGGACAAACCCACAGGGUCAUUUAAGACACCCAAUUGGCCUGACAGGGACUAUCCUGCUGGAGUUACCUGCUCUUGGCAUAUUUUAGCACCAAAGCAUCAGGUAAUAGAGCUAAAAUUUGAAAAGUUUGAUGUUGAAAGAGACAAUUACUGCAGAUAUGACUACGUAGCAGUGUUUAAUGGUGGAGAGAUGAAUGAUGCAAAAAGGAUUGGAAAAUUCUGUGGGGACAGCCCACCGGCGCCCAUUGUAUCUGAGAAAAAUGAACUCCUCAUUCAGUUCUUGUCCGAUUUAAGUUUAACUGCUGAUGGUUUUAUUGGCCAUUACAAAUUCAGGCCUAAAAAGUUACCCACAACCACAGCCUCUCCUGUAACCACAGCCGCCCCUACAACUACAAGUUUAAAACCAACAGUAGCACUCUGUCAACAAAAAUGCAAAAGAACUGGAACACUGGAGAGCAAUUACUGUUCAAGUAACUUUGUCAUAACUGGCACCAUCAUAACAGCAGUGAGUAGAGGAGGCAGCGUCUAUGCUACAGUGUCCAUUAUCAAUGUAUACAAAGAAGGAACCCUGGCCAUCCAGCAAGCCGGAAAGAAUAUGAGUGCUAAAAUUAUAGUGGUGUGCAAGCAAUGUCCACUCAUCAGAAGAGGAUUAAAUUACAUCAUCAUGGGGCAGGUAGAUGAGGAAGGACGAGCAAAAGUGUUACCUAACAGUUUUGUCAUAAGUUUCAAGACAAAGAAUCAGAAGAUGCUGAACACAUUGAAAAAUAAGAGAUGUUAAAUUGUUUUCUCUUCACAUUUGAUGUGACUGUGUGUCUGUGAGGAGACAGAUUAUACAACCCCACAAGACAGAGAUACGGCCAUCAUAUAAAAACUAAGCAUUGAUAGACUUUAUAUACAGUAUAUGAUGUUGUCCCAAGGAGUCUUCAUAUUAUGUGAAUAACCAUUUUGUUAAAUUGAUUUUUUUUAAUUGUAAAGUUUCAAUCUUUUUUUUUCAGUUCAUUCUUAUUUACCAGUUUCUGAGCUUUAUCUGUCAAUGAUCCACAAGAAAAAGUGGUCCAGGUAACAUAGAAGAUUGUAAUACACUUUUGAGUUUUUACUUUGUUAGUACAAAGCAUCUAUAAAGUUAUUUUCUGUCACAGAGAUUAACUGCUGUGAUGUAAGUUAUAUAAACUAAAUAUUGUUUAUGUAGUACAUAAAUCUGAGGUCUGUUCAUAAUAGUCCACAUUUCCAACAAUCUACAACCAAGCUACUAGCCAUUUGAAUAUAGACAUUUUAUUUCCUUUCCCUGUCCAAAUGACCAUAACAACUGACAUCUAUAUUUGUUCAAUGUCAACACAAAUAGAGCUUGUUGUGGUUAUGGACUUAAUGUCUAAGUCAACUGGGUUUUACAAGUCAUGCUCAGGUUUGUGCUUUAUGGAUAGCAGGCUUGUUUUAUUAGUUUAUAGCAACAUCUUUUAACUGACUUGACCAGGGUGAUUUGGUUGCAAAAAGUAAUUUUGCAACCAACUUGCCCUUAUAAUAUAUUUCUCUCUAAUUCUGCUACUUCAUCCAACGUUAAAGACGUUUUUUACCCGGUUGGUCCAGAUACCAUAAGUGCACAAAAUAGAAGGGUGAGUACAAGCUCUAACUAGAUUCUCUGCUUUGACACACUACAAAGUACAAAUGAAGAGGGAAUGAAUGAUUAGAUAGAUAGAUACAUAGAUAGAUAAAUGAAUGAUAGAUACCAUCAUACAAUGUUUUAGGGUAUAAUUUGUCCACAAAAAAAUUACUAUAUUUUGAGAUCUUCUUUCCACGUCUGAUGAUUAAUACUGCUUCCUACUCAUUUUUUCUUUAUGGAUGGAACAUAUCUCAUAAAUCUUGUAUCUGCAAUACAUUAAUAUCUGUCAACACACCGGGUGACAAUAACUGGAAAUUGAAUUUUGAAUGCUACUAAAAGCACAAAAUCAGUUUUUAAUAAAACUUUAGGCUCCUCUGAAAUGUAUUUUAAUAUACUUAAAGGAAAGCUGGCACCUCUAAUUGUCUUUUCUUUGACAAUCGGGUGAUUUUGGAAUUGGUGCACACAUCUGCCCCUUUCUGGGGAUCCUUGGCUUGAGUAAAGUUUAUCCUGAGUUAAUCUACCACCACACUGACAUCAGAUUGCACAGGGAACUGUUAAAGUUGAAAAUGUAUUAGAUAAGUGUUGCUAAAGUGACACUUUCAUUACUGAAGGGGCAUAUAGCAUAUUGCUCUCCUGAUAUGGAAUGUGCCCUCAGUUAAGCUUCUCCCUUUGAGAUUUUAUUGAGUUAUAAAAUGAACUGUUCUAGGUUCUGACUACUUUUAAGCUUUUUAUUUAUAAAUUUCUUAAUCAUGAAUAAAAUAUAUAUUUUUAGGAAUGAGCAAUGUGGUGAUAAAGAAUUAAAAGUGCAAUAUUUAUAAUCCUAUUUUCUGUUGAGUGUUUUCUUCAGUGAAAUACAUUUUUUAUGCUGAUUUGUUAAUAUAACCUCUGCUUAUUAAAAAAAGAAAAACUUCAUGUAUCUAUGUGCAAUUGUUUUGUAUGUUCUUACAGUAUUACAUAAACUAUUAAAGAAAUAAA